AUGACUAUGAUUUAUGAAUACCGAAUUGCUGCGAGUACGGCAAUGGCUACCGGGUCUCGCUAUUUUUCAGUUCAACUCGAUCUCGGAAGAUUUUACAGAGGAAGAAUCUAAACAGCUACCACAACAUUCCGGAAAUGGCGUCAUCUAGGGUUCCGAUCAUCGUCUUCCUAUUUUCUCUUCUAACGCCGUUGUAUAUUGGCGGAUUAUCAUGUGUCGCUGCCCAUACUACUAAAGACUCAUCAUCACAAUCGAAAGAGUUCGUUCUGACUCUCGAUCAAUCCAACUUCACCGGAACUAUUAGCAAUCAUGAUUUUGUCGUCGUCGACUUUUAUGCACCUUGGUGUGGCCACUGCAAGAAACUUGAUCCAGAGUUUGAAAAAGCUGCUUCUAUAUUGAGUAGUAACAACCCCAUGAUUGUUUUAGCAAAAGUUGAUGCCAAUGAUGAAAAGAACAAAGAUUUGGCUAGUGAGUAUGACAUAAAAGGUUUCCCAACACUUAAAAUCAUUAGAGAUGGAGGGAAAACUAUCCAAGAUUACAAAGGACCAAGAGAUGCAGAUGGAAUAGUUUCUUACUUGAAGAAACAAGCCGGGCCCGCUUCUGUUGAAAUAACAUCUACAGAAGAGGGCAAUGCUCUUGUUGAUGGAGAUAAUAUCGUUAUUGUUGGAGUGUUCCCUGAAUUUUCUGGAGAAAGUUUCAGGGUAUUUUUGACUUUAGCUGAAAAUUUGCGUUCGGAUUAUGAAUUUGCUCAUACAUUAGAUGCAAAACUUUUACCACGAGGUGAUUCGUCUGUAUCGGGGCCCAUUGUCCGUUUAUUCAAGCCAUUUGAUGAACUUGUAGUAGAUUUUGAGGAUUUUAAUUUGGAUGCAUUAGAGAAGUUCGUUGAGGAAGCAACCAUUCCUACUGUAACCGUCUUUAACCACGAUCCAAAGAAUCACCCGUUUGUCAUCAAAUUCUUUAACACUCCCAAUGCAAAGGCUAUGCUUUUUGUGAACUUUAGUAGCAAGCCUUUUGGUGCUUUUGAAUCCAAAUAUCAAGACAUUGCUAAUGAGCACAAGGGAAAGGGAAUAAGUUUUCUAAUUGGAGAUGUUGAAGCUAGUCAAGGUGCUUUCCAGUUUUUUGGAAUUAAGGAAGACCAUGUUCCUGUGAUGGUUAUAAAUGAUGAUAAAGAGAAGUAUGUGAAACCAAACGUAGAGCCUCAUCACCUUGAAUCAUGGUUGAAGGAGUACAAGGAUGGAAAAGUUACACCAUAUGUGAAAUCCGAGCCUGUACCCGAGGUUAAUAAUCAACCAGUUAAGGUGGUUGUUGCUGACAAUUUCAAUGACAUUGUUUUCAAAUCAGGCAAAAACGUUUUGUUGGAGUUUUACGCCCCGUGGUGUGGACACUGCAAAAAGUUGGCUCCAAUUUUGGAUAAAAUUGCCGCUUCAUUUGCAAAUGAUGCGGAUGUUAUCAUUGCUAAGAUUGAUGCAACUGCAAAUGAUAUUGUGCAUGAAGGGUUUGAUGUUAAGGGUUACCCUACAUUGUACUUCAAGUCAGCAAGUGGAAAAUUGUUGCAAUAUAGUGGAAAGAGAAGCAAGGAUAAGAUUACUAGUUUUAUUAAGAAGAAUAAGGAAAAAACAAGCCAACAGAGUUCUAUAAAGGAGGAACUGUAGUCAAGGUAUUUAAUAUUCACAUUUCCACUUUAGAAGUUUGUUUUGUUUGUUAGGUAGAUAGGAUGGAUGGAUUGAUGGAACACAGUCUUGUACUGCGUUUGGUAUGCAUUAGACUAGGACUGAUGUUGAUUGGAUAAAAACUGCAAGGUUUUGUCCCAUCAAAAAACCUGACGGUCACAUGAAGUAUUUAUUUAACAUUAUU